AUGAGUCACCACGAAGACCCUUUCUCCAAUCAAGAUCAGGCAGAUGGAGACGUGGAGAAACAAGAUGACACUGAUGGUGAAAUUCGUUCUCCUGGGGGUACUCCUAGGCCUAGCCGCCGAACGAAAGAGGGUGCAGAUGGAGCUGUCGAUGGACAUGCUAGAGAAGAGUUGAAAGAAUGGGAGUGCUACGACAAGCUAGGAUAUUCAUAUCCCUGGUGGAAGAAAUGGGGCAUCCUCUCCGUCAUCUUUGCUGUCCAAACAUCCAUGAACUUCAAUGCCAGUUUCUAUGCCAGCAGCAUCACCCUGUACUCAACACACUUCAGCAUCUCAGAGCAGGCUGCACGUGUUGGCCAGAUGGGGUUUUUGAUUGCUUAUGCAUUCGGCUGCGAGUUUUGGGCGCCUUUCAGCGAAGAGUUUGGUCGAUGGCCAAUCAUGCAGCUUAGCUUGUUCUUCGUCAAUAUCUGGCAAAUUCCCUGCGCUCUGGCUCCCAACUUUGGCACCAUUGUUAUCUGCCGCAUUCUCGGGGGUCUAUCCUCCGCGGGUGGUUCUGUAACGCUUGGCAUGGUAGCAGACAUGUGGGAGCCAGAGGACCAACAAUAUGCUGUGGCCUUCAUUGUGCUAUCCUCUGUGGCAGGCUCGGUCAUUGCCCCAGUCGUCGGAGGCUUUGUGGCAACCUUCCUGGACUGGCAUUGGAAUUUCUGGCUUCAGCUUAUUCUUGGAGGCUUUGUGCAGAUAUUGCACUUCUUCAUUCCAGAGACCAGGUGCAGCAUUCUCAUCACGAGAGAGGCUAGGCGAAGACGGAAGAACGGAGAUAUGGUAUGGAGUGGUGACGAGCUGAAAAAAACUCGCAUGUCCUUCCGCUGGGUAUUCAUGGUUUGGAUACGCCCUUUUGUUAUGUUCGUGCGCGAGCCUAUCGUCUUGUGCCUCUCUCUGCUCAGCGGCUUCAGCGAUUCUCUCAUCUUCACUUUCCUUCAAUCUUAUACGCCGGUAUACAAGCAGUGGCACUUCACCACAAUUACAACUGGACUAUCUUUCCUCCCAGAGAAAGACCCAGAUGCCCUUCAGCCAGAAGCUCGUCUUUAUUGGUUGCUAUAUGUGGCUCCUCUGUUGACAAUUGGCCUAUUUGGAUUCGCGUGGACUAGUCUCGGUCCACCUCAUGUCCAUUGGAUUGCGCCUAUGAUAUUCUCGGCAUUGAUUGCCAUUGCCAAUUACGCUAUUUACAUGGCCACAAUUGACUACAUGAUUGCCGCGUAUGGCCCAUAUGCCGCCUCAGCCACAGGAGGAAAUGGAUUCGCGCGUGAUUUCCUGGCCGGUAUUGCAGCGAUGUAUUCUGUGCCUAUGUACACACACAUGGGAACAACAUACCAUCUCGAAUGGCCUUCUACCUUCUUGGGAUUCAUGGCAAUCCUCUUCACCAUUCCAAUAUACAUAUUCUAUUGGAAAGGCCCUAGGAUUCGGGAACUGUCACCAUUCGCGCAAACCUUGGCUUCCGACAGAAAGAAGGCUGGCCGCAGAGUUUCGUCCUGUGGUUCCGGUGAUCCAGAUCCCGUUGAAAGGUAUCUGUCUGAACGUUCCUCCGAGGAGACCAGGACCAGAUCUGGCUGA